AUGCAGUAUAUUGAUCAGACACCAACAUUAUAUAUAUAUAUAUAUAUAUAUGUUGAGAUCGAGAGGGCUCGUUUAAGGAAGAUUAAGGAAGACCAGGGUCUCAUUGCCGAAGCUGCAGAUCUUAUGCAAGAACAAGUUGCUGUGGAGACUUUUGGUGCUAUGGCAAAAACUGAGAAGAUUGCAUUCAUCAUUCUGCGACUCCGUUUGGGGUUGGAUCGAUAGGACUUUGUCCGUGCACAAAACUUAUCGAGGAAGAUCAACUCAAGUGUAUUAAACGCAGAUAUCACGAAACAGAAAAAGAAACCAAAGGAAGGUGAAAACAUUGUGGAGGAGGCUCCAGCCGAUAUACCAAAGCGAAUUUACUAUGAACUAAUGUUUAGGUACUAUUCUCACAACAAUGAGAUAUGUCAUAGCUACAACAUCAUCCCUUCAGUUAAGGAAACCCCGGAGCAGAUUCCGGUUCUGAGGAAGAUCUGCUGGUUCUUGGUCUUGGCACCACAUGAUCCGAUGCAAUCCAGCCUGCUUAAUGCAACCUUGGAAGACAAGAGCUUAUCAGCAGGCCGGGCCUGCUUAUCAGAAAUUCCUGAUUUCAAGAUGCUUCUAAAACAGAUUGUGACAAUGGAGGUGAUCCAGUGGACGUCUCUAUGGAACAAAUACAAGGGCGAGUUUGAGAAAGAGAAAAACAUGAUUGGGGGCUCUUUAGGUUACAAAGCUUGUGAAGAUCUUAAGCUAAGAGCCUAA